AUGUAUCGGAACCAUGCGGAUGUGCUGGUUGCACCGGAAUUCUUGGAUCCAUUUUUGGCUUUGCUCAGAAUGCGUGGUAUCAAUGAUAUACAUAUCGUUGUAAAUGAUAUACAAAAAGAAAUAGAUCGAGAGAGAAGAGAUUUAGCUUAUGCAAUGAAACGUUCGCGACGUUCCAUGAGAGAUAAUUCAUUAGCCAACUUCAAUCUCAUUGCUUAUCAUCGUUAUGAUAAGAUCGUGAAAUACUUGGAAAUGCUUUCAAGAUUAUAUCCAGAUUUAGCUGAAAUUUUUAACAUUACUAAAACAUAUGAAGAUCGCAAUUUAAUUGGCAUUAAAAUCGGAUCACAAGUUUCAUACAAACCUGCUGUAUUCAUUGAUGCAGGUGUUCAUGCGAGGGAAUGGAUUGCACCUGCAACAGCCCUUUAUAUCAUUAACAAGCUUGUAACUGAAUAUGCAAAAAAUCCCGAUAUAACAGAUAUGGUAGAUAAAUUCGACUGGUACAUUGUCCCAGUGGCGAAUCCGGAUGGAUACGAAUACAGCAUGACUACUGUACAUGAACUUUGA